UAUAUCUUCAAAAGUUGGAAUUUAUAUACGAGAAGUUCAUUGGAACGUCACCACAAACACCAAACACGCCAAACGGAAUCCUCUCUAAAAUGUAUUCAAGAUCUAAAUAUUCAUUCUAAGCUUUAAAGUUUCAUGUAACAAAACUCUGAUUUUCUGUGAGAAAAUCUACGGAAGAUCAAGUGUGUAAGUGUUUGCAUUGUCCACUUAGAAUCCGUACGCGCUGCAUAUUUUCUAGUGACACGCUUAGUUUACUCAUAAACUAUUCCUCUUUUAAUGGUGAAAAUUUCACCGGUUUUCGUACAACGAAUCAAAAGAUAUACCAGAAUGAAAAUAAGACGAACAAAAAAAUCUAGCACAAACGCCUUGAAAAUUCAACAUUUUCAAGCGCGACUAUAGCAAAAAGCUUAAAUAUCGCCAAAACUAUCAUUUGUUACGCGCUCAAAUGUUAUUGAUCAUGACAUGAGAAGAUGUCCCCUGCCGAUUGGAGUUGAGUGUAUGCAUAUUGCGUUUUACGAGAUUUUUUCAAAAAUAAUUAAAAAUUCAAAUUUUGUUGUGGAUUGAACGAAUGAUCUCCGAGUGUUAGAAAUCGAGCUGAGAGUUUUUUAAGGCAGGCUCUAUUCAACUAGAAUAUAUAAAUUAGUAUUUGAAAGAUUAGUGGCAAAAACAUAUGAAAAAUUUGUCGAUUUGACAUGGAAUGACCCACAUUUUAUUUGGAUGAAUACAAAAUGUAUCAAGUAUCGUAAAACUUUAGUAUGGUAAAACAUGUAUUUUCAACGCAAUAUGGUAUAUCAAGAUAAGCACUUCAGGUUUGAAAUAUUUUUGGGAGAAAAGGUAUUAUUUAUUAGUCAUUUUAGAAAUUUGUAAAACUUAAAUCUUCUCUGAGCAGCAUUACCAUUUUUUAAAUAUUUCUAUGUGUUGUAUUAUAGAUUUACUCAGGAAAGAAUGAAAACUAUUUCAUACUUGUCAUAACAAAAUCUUGUACAAUUUUUAUACCAUCAAAAACUGUUAGCAGAAUGUUUAUGUUAUAUUUACUAUUUAUUGAUUCCUUUUAAAUUCUCAAUUAUUCAAAUACAAAUAUUCAAACAAAUUUCAGGUUGGUACCAAGGAGAAAACAGAUUAAUGGAAUUUGCUGUGCCUCGGAUUUGGCAUUCACCUUCAAAUCAUCAAACCGACUGUUAUUUUUGUGUUGUGAAUUUGGCUAGUGGUCAAAAAAAGUCAACUUACCCUGAUAUCCCUUCAUCACGUGCGCCAAUUCCACAUUCCGCUGAACGCCCCAUACCUCAACGUACCUGUGAAACGGCUGUUAGUACCACUACAAUAUCGACAGUUAGUGGAAGUUCUGUCCCAAGUAGUGAGUCUUUACAACUUCAAGGAGGAGUGCUCAAUAUUCCACAUUAUCCGAAUCAAACGGAAAUAAAUGAUUUGAUUCGUGACCUUGCACUCCCUAAAAACAAAAGCGAAUUAUUGUUAUCUAGGCUGAAGCAAUGGAGUUUGCUGGAUGAAUCCGUCAGAAUAACAUCCCAGAGAACUCGCGAUGAAGAGUUUUCCUCCUAUUACACCAGCGAAGAUGGAAUUUGCUUUUGUAGAGAUAUCGAGGGUCUAUUUUCUGAAAUCGGCAUUCCAUUGAUUGUAAGAGACUGGCGGCUCUUUAUUGAUGGCUCUUCAAAAAGUUUGAAGGUUGUGCUACUGCACAACCGCGUAAAAAGCGAGCAGUACCCAUCUCUACCCAUUGCACACUCCAUUCUCCUGAAAGAAAGUUAUGCCACAACAAAAUUGUUAUUCAACAAAAUUCAGUAUGAAAAAUUUGGUUGGGAGGUAAUAGGCGACUUUAAAAUGAUUGGUUUCCUAAUUGGAUUACAAGGAGGGUAUACUAAAUUCCCUUGUUUCCUGUGCCUGUGGGACAGCAGAGACACAGAGAACCACUAUAAAAUUAAAAAUUGGGAAAUCAGAGCCCAAUACAAAAUCGGCGAAAAAAAUGUUAAAAACGAUCCAGUAGUGAACAUGGAAAAAAUUUUAAUGCCACCUCUUCAUAUAAAACUUGGUUUGAUUAAGCAAUUCGUGAAAGCAUUGAAUAAGGAUUCGGAAUCAUUUAAGUUUAUAACAAAACUGUUUCCGAAACUUUCCGAGGCAAAAAUAACUGCCGGUGUUUUUACAGGACCACAAGUAAAAAAACUUAUAAAAUCGGAAUCGUUUCCGAAAUUAUUGAAUGAGAAAGAAAAGGCAGCCUGGAAAAGCUUUCGAGAUAUAGUUCAAGGAUUUUUAGGGAAUAAUCGUGAUCCAAGAUAUGAGGCCAUAGUACAUGAACUGAUGAAAAAUUUUGAAACCAUGGGGUGUCGAAUGUCACUAAAGGUGCACAUUCUUCAUUCUCAUUUGGAUAAAUUUAAAGAAAAUAUGGGUGUAUACUCAGAGGAACAAGGCGAACGUUUUCAUCAAGAUAUAAAACAUAUGGAGCAACGAUAUCAGUGCCAAGCAACAUCGAAAAUGAUGGGUGAUUAUGUGUGGAGUCUCAUGCGAGACACAACAACGGAGUAUACGCGUCAACCUAUUUCGAAAUUGCAUUUUUAAGUAUAUUAUAGUAUGUUAUUUUUCAAAUAAAAAUGUGUGCAAAAUGUGUAUAUUCGAAAUAUAUUUCCUAAAAUGUCUCAUUCGCA